AAAUUGAAGAGCAAGCAUUUUUUUUCUCCGAGACACAUGAUGUAAACAAACAUCUGACAGAUGUUUCGUUUUCAAGGUAAAGCAUGUUUGAAGAAAACUUGAAGAAGUUUAAGUUGGUCUCGUUAGGAGAACAAAGCGUUGGGAAAACAUCUCUUGUAACAAGAUGGAUGUAUGACAGUUUUGAAGACCAUUAUCAGGCUACAAUUGGAAUUGAUUUCUUAUCCAAGACAUUGCACGUGGAUGAACAAUGUGUGCGUCUACAAAUUUGGGAUACAGCCGGACAAGAACGCUUUCAAAGUUUAACACCUGCUUACAUACGUGACUCCUCUAUUGCGCUUAUUGUCUACGAUGUCUCAGAUAAAAUUUCAUUUGAUAAAGUUGAAAAAUGGACAGAAUCGGUCCGUACAGAGCGCGGAAACGCUGUUACUAUUAUUUUGGUGGCGAACAAAAUUGAUCUGAUCCAUGACAGAAUUAUCUCGACGAAAAACGGAGAAGAAAAAGCGAAGGAGCUUGAUGUUUUGUUCAUCGAAACAAGCGCAAAAUCAGGCUACAAUGUGAAAAAGAUGUUUCAGACAGUAGUUGCAAAAGCUUUGGCAGCUCCAAAGAAAACAUUGACUGUUGAAGUGAAACCGAUAACUGUUCCUUUACCUUCGUCCAGAGAAGAAGAUAGUACGUCCUCUCAAGAAGGCUGUUGGUGUUGAUCACGUGGGAUGAUUACAGUUCCCAGAAUCAUCUGGAAUGCUCGUCUAGGAAAGGUGCUAACCAAUAAUGUUGUCCUGAUGCCCAACGCGAUUCGCAAACUGUAAGCUGGUAGCCCUGUCGUCAUAAACGACAUUUUAAUAGUGAGUUUCCCGAACUUACAGGAGAAAAAAGGUUAUUUAAGAAGAAAAGAAUGAACAGAGAUACUCUUUAUGUAAAAUUAUGAAAGAUUCAUAUUAAGAAAAGACGAAAAUACAUAAAA